UCGGUAUUUUCAAUGUUUUAAAGGACAUUGUGCUUUGUGAGGUCGACAGAGUUUGGAAAUAGGACUCUGUCUUUAAUCUUAUAUGUUUGACGGACUAAUUCCCCGGAAUCGCUCGUGUUUUUGUUCUAAAACCUUUAACGCGGACACUGUAAUCUGGUAUAAAAAAAGAUGUAUUUUCAUUGAAGCUAUUUGAUCAGGAUUAUGUGUGUAUUGGUGAACAGUUUAUCGAGCAUUUGGAUCUGAACUUUUCCGAUAUCGAUAGCCAUUACAAUCAAGACGCUUUGGAGUGAAAUGUGAAAUGGAAAUCGACACAAGCGUUGGGUAUUACUUUGUAGGAUUUGUCUGGCUUGUUUCCGCGGCAGUCUAGUCAGGGUAUUGUCUAUCACGACUCUAAAAAGUGGAAUAUCGAUAAUAUGAAAUAUAAAACCUAGUCGGAUUUAAAGUGGUCGUAAAACAAACCUUAACAAUUAUUAUAAUAGAACUCAGCGUAACGCCUUGCUGUAUAUAGCUGUGAAAUUAACAUUACGUAAUAUUGCCGGUAAUUAACGUAUUGGAUUUUAUGAAAUUCGGCAUAAAAUUCACAACACGAUGACAUAAUAUGGAUUAAACAUUGACGUAUUAGAGUACUGUGGCUUAUCGGACGUAUUAGAUAUCGCCCACUAAUGGUUAAUUAAAGCUGGAAGGAAACUAGAGCGUGCGGGAAAUCGAGUGUGAUUUAAAGGAAUACCAGCGGCUAGUUUGUAACCAGAUCGGGUCGCCAGGGAUAUGCACAAAAGGUCAGAAAACGAAACAGGGAUCCAUGAAAAUUAAACAAGCUGAUUACGCUGUGAUUCAAAAUCAAGAUUUUCUGAGCAGCACAAAUGAAAUUCAUGGAUGUAUAAACUCAGUGAGAUGUAUCGUGAAUAGUGGUAACAUGUGACAUGAAGAAUUCUUCCAAAUAACCUGGUGUUGGUUGAAGUGUGAUGACAGAUGUUCAGUGAUAAAAAAUGAUGGGAUAAUUUUAUUACGUAUUUUCUGGUUAAGUACACUGUAUAUAUACUAACUUCACAGACAGAUACAUCUUUUAUAAAUUUCUCCGUUUGUAAAUAUAACAUUGAUAGAUAAAUUCGCGACUACGGCUGACUACAUAAUUUCUGGUCAAAUGACGUCACAGAAACUUUAAUGCGAAAUAUUGAGUCAUAAUUAUUAUAUCUGACGCUAAAAUUAUCUUGCUAUGGUGUUUGUGCAUCUUGUUAAAUAUAAAACAUUUUAAUCAGCAUGGAUGUUGCAGGGUUGCUACCGCUUGGAGCGCCACCUAUCAACAAUGCGUGUCUGCCGACAUUAUUCAACAAACUUGACGCAAGCGUGAGAGAAAGGAAUCGAGUCAGAAACUCAUUCCUCGACCAUAAUAUGCGAUUUCAACAGAAAAUAAUAGACAAAUAUCAUGUCCAAGCAAUGCGAUAUUAUGUCCGGGAAAAAGAGAAGCUUGGAAAAGACAUCCGAAGAAUAAUGAAGAAAACUCCGAACCUGGAGGAUAUACCAUAUUUAGAAGCAAACAACCAAUUAGGAAACUUUCAGAAGAAGGACAAUAACGUACCAUACAAAGGCUACUGUACAGAACCGAGAGAAUUUAACACAGUCCAAACAACAACAGAAUCAAAACCAUUCUGUGUCCGGUAUUUUUGCCAUCAUUUACCGAAGAAACCAAAAUUUAUGCGGAACCGGAAGUUGCCGCCAUUACAAUCGGCCGAUGAUAACUUCCGGCAUACGACCUCAAAAGGAUUGUUGUUAUCACAGCGGUUUAGCGCAAGUGAUCACUUUCUGGCUUCCGGUAACACCCAACACAGUCUUCUUAAUUCUGACUCGUCUCUAGGGUCACAGAUGUCACCGAUGUUUAUAGACGAUGACGCCAUGACAAUAUAGGUCCAAUAUGUCGGAUAUAUUUUAGUCAACAUUCGGAACUCCUCGGACGUGAUGAAAUUCUUUCAUCUUGUAAUAAGAUAACUAUUUGUUUCAACACAACAUUACUGUGUCUGGAACGAGUGACGAUACAGACAGGGUAUCGAUUCUACCUGGUAUAAAUCUGAUUUUUUUCUUCUGGAUUAUUGAUCAUGAUUUUUAAUCUAGAACACCUGUGUGAUUUCCUCAUUUUUUCGACGAAAAAAAUGUUUUUUUUUUUACUAAACAUACCUGAGGAGUUCCGAUUAUACAUUCAGUGAAGGGACUUCAUAUUUUCCUGGAAUGCACUAUUCGUGAACUAAAUUACUACAAUGUACAAUGGUAUAUUAACGUUUUUACCGAUAAUGAACAUCACAUUUACAACAUUCUUAAUGAUUUUAUUACUUGUGUUUCAGAGACAAUACCCACACAACAGGUGCUUAAUAGGCUAUAUUCAUAGCUAAUAUUACCGCAGUCAAUUUUACAAUUCGAUUUUCGUGAUUUCGAGUAUAAAUGCUCUUCAGCAUUAUGAGAAGGAGGGCUAAUCCCAUAGCCAUCCGUCUGCCAGUCCUUUAGCAAUUUUUGUUAUUGUUUGAAAUGUACGGGAAGGAAGUUUUGAAAUUUCAUUUGUAGGUUCAAUUUGAGACUGAUUGGGUUAGCAAAAUGGAUGACAAACGGUCAUCUUGGAAAUGGAAAAGCUGAGUUUAAAUCUUUAAUUCUCAGAAGUACUGUGUUGAAAGGAAAUCCUGGAUUUUUAUAGCAUUCUGUUAAAAUCUUUUUGUGCGUGUUCAUUUUUUAGUCUUUAAAAUAACAUCUUGGAUUUAGACAAUUACAUUUUGUUAUUUCUCAGAAAGUACUCUUUGAGUUUUCUAAUAUCUCUCGGUUGGUUCUCUAGUUGUAAAUAUUCAAGUUGUACAGUAGAAGUACAGUGAUAGUUUGAAGUAAUAGAGCAGAUAAAUGGAAUGAGUACAAAAGUAAGAGUAAGAGUUUGGAAGUAAGAUCAUACAAUGUGGGCGCCAUUUAAUAUUUUUAAUAUGAAUUCCAGAUUGGGAAGACACAUUGAGCGUGAAGCACGAACACGCUUCAGAUGGUUUGCCAUUCCUAGUGUUUGUAUGGUCACUAAUGUUCUGUGUAUAAGUCCACUUCCGCUUCCAAUAUCACGAUUAAUAUCUUUGAAUUAAGUUCUCAAUUGAAUACCAUUAAAGAUAUUCAUAUGAAUCAUUUGGAAAGGAAUUCA